AUGUGGGCACCUACGAGUAACGAAUAUUCUCGCCGCCUCGCACAGUCGUCCCAACCACAGAACACGAACGAUUACGACUAUGACUCAGAUGAGCAAGUCGUGAGAGUGCCGCGGCGAACUCCAGUUGCUUGUCAAUUUUGUCGAGGUCGGAAGCUGAAGUGCGACGGCCGAAAUAUCUGUUCUAACUGCGUUCGUCGCAAUUUGGCUUGUUCUUACGUCCCUGUGUAA